GCUCUUGUUUUGAAGGGCCGCGUGACUCAGCCACCUAUCCGCGGCCGGGGCCCGGGAGCGCGGUGGCCGGAGCUUGGCGGGUUCCCGCGGUGGCUCUGGGGCUCGGCAACUGACAGCGCGGCGGCCAGCGGCUGGCUUCCUUUCUGACUAAGAAUGAAUGUUCACCAGGGCAGUGAUGGCGACUGGUUAUUGCAGCCAGAGCUCAGCUUCCUAGGAGAUGAGACCUUAGCUGCCACUCAAGAGAAAGAAAGCAGCAGCUUGGUGUCCUCUGGUCUUCCUAGUCUCACUUAUCCCCUAGCUGCCAGGAAUGAAGACUUUGCACUUGACUCAGCCCCUCAGCCAGCCGCAAGCCUUCAGCAUCCUCACAUAAUGCCACUUCCUGAAGACAGCAAGGGCUCGUGCUUCCAGAGUGGGAGCAGGCGGAGCCGCGAGCCCUUCGUUGUUCCAGAGAGGUCUGGAAGCAGCGGCUUAGGCUUUGGAGGUAGCUCUCAGGCCCCAGAGAAAGUGACACUUCUUGUGGACGGCACCCGUUUUGUGGUAAAUCCUCAAAUUUUCACUGCUCAUCCGGAUACCAUGUUGGGAAGGAUGUUUGGGCCAGGAAGAGAAUACAACUUCACACGGCCCAAUGAAAAGGGAGAGUACGAGAUCGCAGAAGGGAUCAGCGCCACUGUGUUCCGCACAGUUCUGGAUUAUUACAAAACUGGCAUCAUCAACUGUCCAGAUGGCAUCUCCAUCCCAGAUCUCAGGGACACCUGCGACUAUCUCUGCAUUAACUUUGACUUCAACACUAUCCGGUGUCAGGAUCUGAGUGCUCUACUGCACGAGCUGUCCAACGAUGGCGCCCACAAGCAAUUUGACCACUACCUCGAGGAACUGAUUCUGCCCAUCAUGGUGGGCUGUGCCAAGAAGGGCGAGCGAGAGUGUCACAUCGUUGUGCUGACAGACGAGGACUCCGUGGACUGGGAUGAAGACCACCCCCCACCCAUGGGGGAAGAGUAUUCCCAAAUUCUUUACAGCUCCAAGCUCUACAGAUUCUUCAAAUACAUCGAGAAUCGAGAUGUUGCUAAAACUGUGCUGAAAGAGCGAGGCUUGAAGAACAUUCGCAUUGGAAUUGAAGGUUACCCGACCUGUAAAGAAAAGAUCAAGAGGAGGCCAGGUGGGCGGUCUGAAGUUAUCUACAAUUAUGUGCAGCGCCCUUUUAUCCAGAUGUCCUGGGAAAAGGAGGAAGGAAAGAGUCGCCAUGUGGAUUUCCAGUGUGUCCGCAGCAAAUCCCUCACUAAUCUGGUGGCCGCUGGAGAGGACGUCUUGGAAGACCAGGAGAUAAUGAUGCAUCACCCGCCUCAGGUGGACGAGCUCGACCGGCUAAACGCGCCGCUCGCUCAGAUGGCUCCGAAUGACUUUCAAGAUUAGGAACAGACGGCGUCUGCCCAUUGUUGGAGCUCUCUCUGUGGGUACCCCCAACCAGGCCUCCCUGCCCUCUGGUUUCUCACCCUUAGGAGGUGCUUCCUCCUGUCUCCUCCCCCCCCCCCCCGGGUCAUUACUGUGCCCUUUUCUGGGCCUGCCUCUGACUGGGUGAAGAAGCUCUCUGGAAAUCAGGCGGUCGGCUUUACCAGCCCUGGCAGACAAACCGUUUGGGUCUGGUGCUCCGUUGAAUCUGCACAACUGAGGGAGAGGACGUGGACCGGGGCCUCACAUUGCACAGCAGCCCACUCUCCACCUGUGGGUGGCUUCGCAUCAGACAGCGCUCUCAAUAGCAGAGGACCAAACGUCAGAGGAGACAGCCGGGGUGGUGUGCCCACCUGUGUGGGCUGUGUACCAGGGUGUGAAAGGCGGUGCCUGGGCGCUGCACCCAGAUGCCAUCUGGAUAGAAUGUGUGAAAGGAAUUCCCAAGAGCUUCAGCUCAGUGCUGCUUUUCACUAACACAGGAGCAAACUGACCCACAGGACAGGGUCUGCGGCAGGAAGAGCAGUGACCCAGGGCUGUGCCUGUGCAGCCUGAUGCUUCAUUUGGAAGUGAAACUUGCAAAUGAGGUGACAGAAUGGCUCCAGAUUGGGCCAGCCGGACCCUCUUCUGGCAGGAAGCCAAGUACCUGUCCCCAGAGACGGCGCGUGACUGUGGGUGUGGUAGGAGACUGAUACCUUGAGGAUUUGCUUGGCAUCCUUUGAGCUCCAGGGGGGAGGGCAUCUGGUGAGCUGGGCAGGUGCUGCCCCAGGGCU